AAUACCUGUCGCGCUAGCUUUACCCCAGGAUUGGCUGUGCCGUCACUUAAGGUUCGUCUCAAAAAUUAAGUCUCCACACCUCACAUACAACGGCGUGGUUUAGUGGCCGUGACGUCGAUGAACCCUCCCUUCAGCAUAUCAACUUCUUCAUUCCAGUACUUUCGUACCUUUUGUAAUCAAACCCUCCUUCUCAUCCUUGCUCCCAAUCGCAUUACAUCCCGCCCCAAAAAAAACACCCAAAAAUGUCCCACCCCAAACCCCCAAACAUAACCCUCUACUUCCUGCAAUCCUCCCGCAGCAUCCGCACCGCCUGGCUCCUCGAAGAACUGUCCCUCCCCUACACCUCCAUCUUCUUCCCACGCAUCAACAACAAAGCACCCCCGGACUUCGCCUCCCGAUCCGGAAACUCGCUCGGUAAAGCGCCCACGCUGGUCGAUGGCGAUAUCACUCUAUGUGAGAGUGGCGCUAUCGCGGAAUAUUUGGUGGAGAAAUAUGAUGAAGAGGGGAGGAUGGGGGGCGGGGGGGAGGGGGAGAGGGAGAGGGAGAGGGUGCGGAUGUGGGUUCAUGCGGCGGAGGGCACGUUUAUGGUGCAUUGUUUGGCGGUUACGUAUGCGAGGUGGUUUGCUACGCGGGGCAUGAGGGAUAGUGGGGCGUUGGCGGAGUUGGAGGGGGGUUUGGGGGUUAAUGUGGGCAAGGACUUGGAUUGGUUGGAGAGGGAGUUGGAGGGGAGGAGGAUUUGUGUCCAGUUUAUUUUUGCGAGGGAUUUGACGGCGGGGAGGAAGGUUGGGGAGUGGAAGAAUGUGGAGAGGUGGAUUAGGGAGUGUGAGGCUACCGAGAGUUAUAAGAGGGCUGUGAAGAAGACGGGGCAUGAGAUGUGA